UUUAUCUUUUUAUUUUUUAUAAAAAUUUGUAAUUAAUAUGAAAUUUUUUAUUUUUAAAAUUCAUAUAAAUUUCACAUCAAGGGAAAAUGUUUUGGUUACCAAGAAAUUGUUAAUUUGUUAUGCAACUCCAAGUAGGCAGAUGGGAUGUUGGAGCAGCAAGCAUAAAUUGUCAGAACCUGACUACAAUGGCUAUAGAUCAGGCAUGCCUUCUUCAAGACCAAGCCAACCGACUUAUCAACAACAGCAACAAGUUCAAACACGGAAAGUGUCCGUGCCUCAAACUCAAGUUCCACGAACAAGGCAGCCCCAGCAACAACUGCCACAGCCACAGCCUCAACCCAUCCCUGCCCCUUUGAAACCUUCAGCAGCAAGCCCCAGGCCAGUUCAAAUAAGACAAGAAACAAUAUUAGGAAAGCCUUUGGAAGACAUUAAGCAAUACUACAAUCUUGGAAGGGAACUAGGUAGAGGCCAGUUUGGCAUAACUUACUUAUGCACUGAGAAUUCUACUGGCAACACUUAUGCUUGCAAAUCAAUAUUGAAGAGAAAGCUAAUAAGUAAACAAGACAGAGAGGAUAUAAAGAAGGAGGUUCAAAUUAUGCAGCAUUUGUCUGGUCAGCCCAAUAUUGUGGAAUUCAGGGGUGCUUAUGAGGAUAGACAAUCUGUUCAUCUUGUAAUGGAGCUUUGUGCUGGUGGAGAGCUUUUUGAUAGGAUUAUUGCUCAAGGCCAUUACUCUGAGAGAGCUGCAGCAUCUAUUUGUAGAUCAGUGGUGAAUGUGGUUCACAUUUGCCAUUUCAUGGGGGUGAUGCAUCGUGAUCUCAAGCCAGAGAAUUUCUUGCUGUCUAGCAAGGAUGAGGGAGCUAUGUUGAAGGCAACCGAUUUUGGGUUGUCUGUCUUUAUAGAAGAAGGCAAGCUAUUUCGCGAUAUAGUAGGUAGUGCUUACUAUGUAGCUCCUGAAGUUCUGCAACGUAGUUAUGGAAAGGAAAUUGACAUCUGGAGUGCAGGAGUUAUUUUGUACAUUCUACUUAGCGGUGUCCCUCCAUUUUGGGCUGAAACUGAGAAAGGAAUAUUUGAUGCCAUUAUUGAAGGAGAACUAGAUUUUGAAAGUCAACCAUGGCCUUCAAUUUCUGAGAGCGCCAAAGAUCUAGUGAGAAAGAUGCUGACAAUGGACCCGAAAAAGCGGCUCACUUCUGCACAAGUUCUUGAGCAUCCUUGGAUGAGAGAAGGUGGAGAAGCAUCAGACAAGCCAAUAGAUAGUGCUGUCCUAUCCAGAUUGAAGCAAUUCAGUGCAAUGAAUAAGCUGAAGAAGCUUGCAUUGAAGGUUAUUGCAGAAAAUCUAUCUGAAGAAGAGAUUAAAGGUCUUAAAACAAUGUUCACAAACAUGGACACAGACAAGAGCGGCACAAUCACCUAUGAAGAACUGAAGACAGGUUUGGCUCGUCUUGGAUCAAAGCUCUCUGAAACUGAAGUCAAGCAAUUAAUGGAAGCUGCUGAUGUGGAUGGAAAUGGAACAAUAGACUAUAUUGAAUUUAUCUCAGCUACAAUGCAUAGAUACAGACUUGAAAGAGAUGAGCAUCUGUGCAAAGCAUUCCAGUAUUUUGAUAAAGAUAACAGCGGUUACAUUACAAAAGAUGAAUUGGAGAUUGCUAUGAAUGAGUAUGGAAUGGGUGAUGAAGCCAGCAUCAGGGAAGUAAUCUCUGAGGUGGAUACAGAUAAUGAUGGGAGAAUUAACUAUGAGGAAUUCUGCACAAUGAUGAGAAGUGGAGCACAACAAACUGGAAAAUUUUUUUAGGUACCUUUGACGGUUCCAUUACAAGUAACAACUGAGUUGGCGAAGACUGAAGUGACCUAAUUAAUGGUGUCAGCAGGAGUAGACAAUCACACCAGAAGGAUAUGGGUUGGAUACAGACUUAUAAUCCAGGAUUAUUUUCUUUAGCUCAUUAACUGCCCUGAUUCUACAAGUGGGUACUUUGAGGAUACCAAGUACGAAUCAGAAUUGAUUUGAGAUGCAGUAUUGUUUGUCUAUAUCUACUUUCUGAACAAUUCAUCUAUUAGUUUCCAAGUUCUUUCACUGAUUUUUCUCUUUUUAAGGUGGAUUCUUUUUAUCUUUAUGAAAUAAUUUGUAAAUCUAUUCUGUUAUUUUCUCUAAUUAAUCAUGUAUAAUAUUUCAAUAUUACUGCAGUUUAAAUCUUGUCUGCAGCUGGUGUUGUCAACUGAUAAAUUGAGAUUCCGACAUGAUAAUUGAUUUG